UUCGUCCUAUUUUCUGGAUUCAACUGGAUAGGGUAAUUAAGUGUCAAAGCUGUGAAGAAAUGAAUUGUUUGUUAGUAGAAAGUAGUGAUCACUUCGGCGAAAUGCCGAACGUGUGCCGUGCGUGCAAAAAUACAGCUGUAAAAACAUCUCUUUGGAGCUACAAGGAUCAGUUUGAAGCGUGUACUGGACUGGAGAUCUCACCGACGGACGGGUUGCCAUCUAUGAUAUGCGAUAGCUGUGUGGCGGUGUUGAAAAUCGUGUAUGAUUUUAGGACCAUGUGCCUAACGACCGAUGCCAGCUGGCGGCAAGAGACAGAAACGGGCACUGCGGAAACUUCCGAAUGUAGUAGCGAAGCGGAUCUUGUAACAGACCUCCUGAUCAGCGAAGAUGUGGGUUGUAGUUUCAUCGAAUGCGAGACCCUCGAACAGGAGGAAGAAGUGGUUGAGGUAAAUCCACUUUCACCAGUCAGUCGGGUUAGUUUUGAACAAGAUGCAGAUGUAACCGUGUUAUCGGACGGUGAGGAGACGAUAUAUGAAACGCUAGUGUCGUGCGAUGACGUGGCAAACCACGAACAGCAUGAUCAAAAUGUGGCCCAGCACGACACAAACGAAGAGUCUAGCGACAGGUGUAGUCCCCUGCUGGUGGUGGUACCUUUAAAAGUGUCGCCAACAAAAACAGCCUCGGAAAGUGAACCCAAACAACGCUUUCCUUGUCUGGACUGUGGAAAAUCGUUUUGCAAUAAACCCAAUCUGUAUCGCCACUUAAUUUCACACAACGGCCAGAAACCGUUCCGUUGUGACAUUUGCGGAAGCGGCUUCACACAGAGCGGAUCACUCAAGCAGCACAAGUUGAUCCACGAGGGCAUCAAAAACUACACGUGCUCGGUUUGCAACGACAGCUUUACGCAGGGAAAAUCUCUCAAGCUGCACAUGCACCGGCACACCGGAGCAAAGCCUUACCCUUGUCAGCACUGUCCCGCACGGUUUCGCCAGAAGGGUUGUCUGAUGCGCCAUCUGCAGGUGCACGUAUGACACGUUUUCCUGCGCACAAAGUCCAAAGUAGCAAAAGUUUCGUUUAGUGGCGUCACGAAAUCCAUGACUGAGAAAAGUUAUACCAUUAAGUUUCAUGUUUACGGAAAAAUGGGUACAUGUGCCCAAAAAAUGAAAAUUCUUUAGCUUCAUUACUAACGUUAAGAAGAUCAGCGAGCUAUAAUGAUUAAGAUGGUUUAAUGAAAGUAAAUCAUCACUCAGACAGCGAGCUACAUUUAUAUGUGCAAAUGUGACUUAUCUCUUAGGUAUUGCGUGUAAUAACAUAAGUCGUCUGUACCAAAUUUUUCUAGUAAUGCUUAGUGGGUAUUUAAUUAUCCCUGCAUUUGCUCUAGUGUGUUUGGAAUAGAGGCUUUUGCGCUAUGAAACGCAAAACACAGAUUGUGCAUUAUCGAAAGCAUUUCCUAUAUAACUUAGGACAAAUUGUUAGAAAAAACACACUUGGUACAAUCGGUGUUCUGCUUUUUAUUAGAACAAAACAAUCACCCGCUUCCGGAAAGGGGUGCAAACACUGCCCCUGAGUUACACGCGUCGCUUACCAAUAAGUUUUAUAAAUUCAUAGAACCAAUAGACAGAAGGGAGAACUAACAAAAAAUUAAAAUAAAUGUAAAAAAGACAGUGUGU